CACGUCAUACUAAAGUUGAGGAAAAGACACUUUCUCCGAUCUCGUUUUCUGCCGUCUCCAUCUUCUCGACUGAAAGUCGAACCUGCUCCCUCUACCUAUCUGGAGGAGCAACACCCCCGCUGGAUCAUAAAUUCGUUAUCCCAAUUCUACCCUUAACCCUCCGCCAAAAGUUUACCAAUCCAGCCUGACCAGCCAUGUUGAUGCUCAUCAACUGCUCCAACUGCCGCGCGCAGUUGCAGCUCCCGCCGGGCGCGCCGUCCAUCCGGUGCGCCCUCUGCCGCGCCGUCACGCAAGUGGCAGACCCACGCAGCGUACCUCCUCCGCCUUCCCAAUAUCCGUCGCAUUCCCCCGCGCCGCAGAUACCCCCCGCUCCGUCGCCGUACAGCCACGCGCCGCCGGGACCCCCACCGAACGCGCACGGGAGAAAGAAGGCGGUGAUAUGCGGGAUAUCGUACAGGUACUCGCGGCACGAGCUCAAAGGGUGCAUCAAUGACGCCAAGUGCAUGAAGUAUCUCCUCAUCAACAAGUUCCAGUUUCCACAGGACUCCAUUCUCAUGCUCACCGAAGAAGAAACUGAUCCAUACAGAAUUCCAACUAAACACAAUAUUCGGAUGGCAUUAUAUUGGCUUGUACAAGGUUGUCAACCAGGAGAUUCUUUGCUGUUUCACUAUUCUGGUCAUGGUUCUCAACAGAGGAACUACAAUGGUGAUGAAGUUGAUGGAUAUGAUGAAACUAUAUGUCCCUUGGACUUCGAAACUCAGGGUAUGAUUGUUGAUGAUGAGAUCAAUACAACAAUUGUCAGACCUCUUCCUCAGGGCGUUAAGCUUCAUGCGAUAAUAGAUGCUUGUCAUAGUGGCACUAUACUAGAUUUGCCAUUCCUUUGCCGGAUGAGCAGGACUGGACAAUAUGUAUGGGAGGACCAUCGCCCUCGAUCAGGUGUAUGGAAAGGAACAAGUGGUGGAGAAGUUAUUUCAUUUAGUGGUUGUGACGACAAUCAGACCUCCGCUGAUACAUCUGCUCUAUCAAAGAUCACAUCAACAGGUGCCAUGACUUACUGUUUUAUCCAAGCAAUUGAACGUGGACAAGCGGCUACAUAUGGGAGCAUGCUAAAUUCGAUGCGUUCUGUCAUUCGAAGCACGGGUAAUACUAAUGACCUUGGUGGUGGUGUUGUGACAUCUCUCCUCACCAUGCUUUUGACAGGAGGCAGUACUGUUGGUGGUGGGCUAAAGCAGGAACCACAGUUGACUUCCUGCCAGCCAUUUGAUGUGUAUUCAAGACCUUUCUCCCUAUGAUUUUUAAUAAUCUAUUUCUAGAUUAUUUAGAGUUAGAAAUUAAUAGUUAUAUUGAAGAAAGGGGUUUUUCUUUUCUGUUGAAAACGAAUUGGAUAUGAAUAUGUGAUGGAUUGUAUUGGUGUGGAACGAUUUUUGUAUCUCCAAACCCCCAUAUUCAAUAAAUAAUGAGAGAAAGCAGUCAACAACAAAA